GCUUUGUUUACAUACAUGAUGCGGUAUUGAAAAUUGUUUUUUGUCUUCACGUUAUUCAUGCCGACAGUUGUGCAACAUCUCACUGUUAAUAUUUUUCUCUUGAAAUAGUAAAAUAUGUUUAAAAUACUAAAGUCGGUGGUUCAUUUGGGAAGCAAACCAGUGAAUCGAUGCAGCGCACAUCCGCCGGCGUUGCCGGUGUUUUACAGCACUUUCGUGCCGCAGGAAUUUCAAUUCGAAUCAUCGGACGGUGAGAGUGGCACGCUGAUUCACCGCUUUUCGCGACACAUCGCCCUCACGAAGCGUGAUUUCAGCGAUCCGACCAAAUACAACUUUAAAUACUCCUCGUUCUAUCCGGUGUACAAUCCAGAUGAAUUCCUCAGGCAGCUGGCCGAUAUUUCCAGCCACGAUAUUGGCAAGUUGAUAAGCUUUACCAGUGAUUUCCGGGGGAAAUCCGAUCCCCGCCUGUUCACCGAUGUUGUGAACGCGCUGGACGAAGAAUGCGAAUCCCGAGUGGAGCAAGCUAGCUUCAAGGAGUUGGUGGGGAUGUUGCAUGGUUUUAUGUACCUGAUACCGAACAAGAUUAGUAAGCUGAAGACAUACCGAAAGGCAAUGCCCCGACUCGUGACGUUAUUCCAAAGCAACAGCAAUGAGAAAGAUUUCACGACCGUCCUAUUCUUUCUGGGUUUGUGGAAGCAGAAUGCAGAAGGAAGUAAAUUGUUGGAUCAGUUUUUACAAACUCAUUUGGAUCAGUUUUUGGACGAGAAAAUGGAACUGAUGGAUUUUGUUCUGUUGGCAAAUGCUAGCUAUAAAACAAGCGUCAGGAUAAGAUCCGAACUAUUCUUUGACCGGUUGAUAGGAUCAAUUUGUAGCUUUGAAGAAAGUGAUUCAGCCUUGUUUGUCACAUUGAUAAAAUGUGCCCGAAUGAAUCGAAUUUGGUCCGAAGAGAUCAUGGAAAAAAUACGAGAUAUGGUACAAAACCAUGGGAAAGGUUUCGAUUUCCGUGGGUUGUCGCAUCUUUUUGCAUACAUCGCUGAUAACCUCGUGAAGGACGAUGCUUUGAACCGCUUGUUUUUGGCCGAAUGCUCCAAACACAUCGAAAGGGAAAUCAAAAAAGAGACAACCGGAUCGAUACCACAACACUUCCGCGCCAAAGAUUUGUCAACGUUCCUUUGGAGUUGUUCAACCCUCUCUAUUCCACUGGAGGACUUAGAUUUCGAUCUAAACGUUUUGAUGGAUGAAAUCUUUCGCAAAAUCGACAACAACGAAUAUCGUUUUAACCCGGACAUUCUGGUAGACACUUGCCUCUCGCUGUGGAUCAUGAAUCACAUUUCGGUGGAUUUGUUGGCGAGUAUUUUCGGCAAUCGGCAGUUUACAGCAUAUUUCCGAAAGGAUCGCGUGAAGGUAGCGUCCAGACGGGAUUUGCUGCUAGCAUGUGCGGAGAUCGAGAGACCAGAGGCUUUCAAAUUAAUUUCCCGCUUGGAGCGACCCAAUGCAUUCCAGCUGUCAAGGCAGGCCCCCGACUAUCUCGUAAAGAAUCGUUUCGAACUGCAGCGCGUGAAAAGCGGCGUAGAAAACAUCAAGGAAAGAUUGCAGAUAAACAAUGUGGCGUACAAUGCUCCGAUUAAGUAUCUGAAUAUAGCCGGUUUGUUGCUGAAAGCGCACGAUGGUAAAAUGAUCAAUAUUGAUGUUCUGCACGAGGGAUUCCAUCUGUCAGAUGGACAAACACCAACGGGUCUGAUGGGAUUGAAAACAAGGUUGCUGAACAAGAUGAAUGUCGAAACAAUCAUGUUAAUCCCUAAGCAAAUGCAAUCCGACGAACAGCUGGUUCAAGCAGUGGAAGAAGCAAUCCUAAGUGUGACGCAAAGCGGGAUUACUAAACAAACCCCGGGAGAAAUGGUUAGGUCGAACUAAGCUUUAUUCAUAAAUUAUAUCUUGAAGCAGUAAAAUUGAUGAU